AUGGACUCCAUCGCGCAGCGGCGCGAGGAGAUAUUAGCGAAGAAGGCCAAGCUAGCAGAGCUCAAGAAGCAACGUGAGCUGCGCAGAGCGGAGGGCUCGCAGAGACAAUCCCUAAGUGGGUCCCCCGCAAGAGAGAUACUGUCACCAACGCCGCGACGAACAGACGCCGUCGAGCAGAGGCGAGAUCUUGACGCAUACUUGGAUGGAAUUCUAGGCGAAAGCCGACCCAGUUCAGUACAACCAGGCUCUCCCGCCGGCGGACGAGCGACCCGACCUACCUCGGUCAUCAGCGCAAGCCAGCUGAGCAGCGACAAUGAAGCGCAGACAGCGGCUGUGGCACAGUACCAGGUGCCUCUAAGCAUGGUGGAUCAGGGCAUGCAGACAUUGUCGAUAGGCAACCUGACCACAGUCUACGAAUCUGAAGGCGUUGAUAUGGGACCACCACCGAAGAGAGACACUGAGAUUAUCACAUACAGCAAGGGCGUUCAGGCGGACAUCGAAUGGAGUCCGAGGAAAACACGGGGGGCCGGAGAAAGUGAUUCCGAGCGCGACGAGAGUCCGACCCGUUCCCCGCGCACGCCCAAGCGAAUGAGCCGUCGGCAGAAGGAGAGGGACGAAGAGAUUCGGCUGCAGCUCAAAAAAGAAAUUGAAGAAGAGAUCAAGGCAGCACAGAAGGCAGCAGAAGCUGGGGAGGUGCAGACGGUCUUGGGCGAGAACUACCCAUUCAAGACCCUUUCGAAUGAGGAGUUGACGGCCGUGGAGAACUCGGACGACUUCGUCGACUUCGUAGAGAGGAGCACAAAGGUCUUAGAGCGAGCGCUGGAUCAGCAGCUGGACUACGAUAUCCUAGCUGACUAUGCGCUCGGAGGUGGUAAUGUAGAUGAAGAAGACGAGGGAUAUGGCUCAAGCGGUGGGAAGAAGGGCCGACGCAUAAAGGAGAUUGCUCAGUUCUGGGACGAGAGAUGGAGCAAGAAGAGGAUGGUCUCGGACCUGGGCUUCUCUACGAAAUUUCCCGAGCUCGUCCUCGCUUCAUACACCAAAAACCCCUCGGCUCCGCAUGAUCCAGACGGCCUCAUCCAGGUCUGGAACCUCCACAUGCACGACCGGCCAGAGUACAUUUUCCACGCCCAAUCCGACAUUCUCACCGCCAAGUUUUCGCCGUUCCACCCAAACCUCAUCAUUGGUGGUGCCUACUCCGGACAAGUCCUGUUAUGGGACACUCGCGCAAAGUCAUCACCCGUGCAAAAGACGCCUUUGACUGGUUCGGGACACACGCAUCCGGUUUACUCUAUCGACAUUGUAGGAACAAAACGCAAACAACAUCAUCUCAGCUUCGACGGACGGCGUGGUCUGUAUGAUCGUGCAGGAGCUAAGGCUGGUGUCGAUGGCCGCGUCAAGUACGGCGGCCACGCGGCACCGGUAAUGAGUUUGGACUUCCACCCCGCAAAGGGACAGAUCGAUCUUGGAGACCUUGUUCUGAGCUCCUCGGUUGACUGGAGUGUCAAGCUAUGGAAGGUCCGUCCACCGGCUGCGACGGGUCCCUCGAACACGGCUGCGCCAGGAGCAGCGCAGCAGGUCACACCCAUCCUAGACAUCGCGCGUGAAGACCUCGUGUACGAUGCUCGCUGGUCGCCUGUCAAGCCUUCAGUUUUCGGUCUUGUCGAUGGUGCGGGUAGUCUAGAGGUUUGGGAUCUCAACGUUGAUGUCGAAGUCCCUGUUCAGAAAGUUACGCCGAGCGAAAACAAGCGAGGCGCGCUGUCUGGUGGGAUGGGCUUUAUGAAGCGAAGUCUGAAUAAAUUGGCUUGGGAGAAGAACGAGGGCAGGAGAGUCGCGGUCGCGGGCAUGGACGGCGUUGUCACGGUUUUUGAAGUCGGUAGCGAGCUUGGUGGGGUGGAGACAAAGGGUGACGAAUGGAGUGGGGUCAAGAGAUUGGUAGGCAGGCUGGAAGGUGCGAGUGAAGGUGUGAAUGGGACAUAG